CUUAAGUUUGCAUCGGAUACGAUAGAUAAUUAAUGUGACGUUAUAAGAGAUCGACAAAAUAUGUCCUUCGAUUAAUUUUUGUUGUCAAAUUAUUUCCUAUUAAUUAAAUCUUCUUUACGUAUAUAAUAAAUUUUUAAGAAUUUUUAAAAUCUUUUAGGUUAAGUUUAGGUUAAAAGAAAAAGUAAUAUGUAUAUCAAAGUCUAUCGAAAAAUAUUGAAUUGUUAUGGAAAGCAAAUACACACCGAUGUAUCUAGAAUUUUAUUUAGUCAAUAUUAUGAUGCGACUCACAAAAAAAGAAUACGUUCUUCGCGUUUAUAUUGGAGCGGUUUCGGUAUUUUGGUAAUGGGUUUUACUUAUGCUUCGGUGCCUUUAUAUAGAAUAUUUUGUCAGUCGUAUAAUUAUGGUGGAACGUUAUCUGUCAAUCAUGAUAACACCAAAAUACAAUCUAUGAAACCUUUUAAGGAUAGAGUGAUAAAAAUAAAAUUUAAUGCCGAUACAGCAGCUAUGAUGCAAUGGAAUUUUAAACCGCAACAAAAUUUCAUAAAAGUUAUGCCUGGAGAAACUGCUUUAGCAUUUUAUAGAGCGCAAAAUCCGUUGGAUGUACCGAUUACUGGUAUAUCUACUUAUAAUGUAGUUCCGUACGAAGCUGCGCAAUAUUUUAAUAAAAUUCAGUGUUUUUGUUUUGAGGAACAACGACUUAAUCCGCAUGAAGAGGUCGAUAUGCCAGUGUUUUUUUAUAUUGAUCCAGAAUUCGUUAAUGAUCCUAAAAUGGAGGAUGUAAAAGAAAUUGUACUUUCUUACACGUUCUUUGAAGCCAAAGAUGGGAUAAAAUUACCUAUGCCAAAUUUUAUGAAAAAAUGAUAAAAAUUAUAAUAAAAGAUGUGUUAGUAUUUCAACGAA